UUCGAGCUUCCCUUCAAUCACCCACCUUCGAACACCGCUAAUCCCCCUCAACAACCGUAAAACCCAGAAAUCAACGAUCAAAUCAGCAGAAAAAAGAGGAGAGAGAAAGUAAGAAAAAUGAUGAGGACGGAAGUGCUUAAAGUGUACAGAGAAGUACUGAAAGCCACUCGAAAAUCAUUUUCUGGAGAUACCCAGAUGCUUCAAGCUUCUGCCAUGGAAGUCCGCACCAAAUUCGAGGAGAACAAAAAUGUCAAAUCCGAAGCCGAUAUUCAGAGACUCAUUUCCGAAGCUCAGGAGGCUUCCCAUUUCAUCUCCACCAUGAUCGUCCAAGCCAAGCUCAAUGAACGUGGUGGCUAUGAAGUGAAAGCAAGUAAAGAUCACGCUGGUGCAACAUUGGAGGUUCCAUCGGAGGAGAUUCUGAAGACAGCAGCAUAGCGAUCCGAAAUUGGCCCUUAAGUUAUGUUUCACUCUUUGAUGAAGCUUACCACAUCUUCAUUCCAUUUGCUUCCAAAAAUUGUUUCCUACUUGCCCAGUUCAAGUACAUUUACGAGCAAAUGUGUACCAAUUUUUAUGAGCAUUUUUUUGCUUGUUUUUCAGUUUAAAAUUCUUCUACAAUGAUUGUUGUAACCACCUAUAUCAAUCUUAUGAUUUUUUUCUUCUUUUAACUUUGUAGUGCAGGAAGAAGAGACUUCUUGCAGACAGUAGUUCUAGUAAUUUGAUUCCAUUGUUUAUAAGAAUAAAGGAGAUGCUUGAAAUUGGAUCUUCAAAAAAAUUAUAUUUGCUACGUCGAGUUGUUGUUGUAUGAGACCCAACAAUUGGCGAAAUUUUGGAAUUUCAAGUGUUAUUGUCUCGUGA